AUGUUCGCAGCAGACGUGGGUAGGUUGCAGCAGGCGUGUUUGUUGUCAGCAGCGGUUGUUGCUGCAGACGUGUUUGUUGCAGCAAGAACCGUGUUUUGUUGCAGCAGACGUGUUGUUGCAGCAGACGUGUUGUUGCUGCAGAUGUGGUGUUUGACAGCAGGCGUGGGUGGUUGGAGCAGGCGGUGUUUGUCUCAGCAGCGUGUUGUCGCAGCAGACCGUGUUUGUUGCACAGACGUGUUGCCGGCGAGCAGACGUGUUGUUGCUGCAGGCGUGCUGUGGCAGCAGGCGUGGCAGAUCGGGUUGUUGGCAGCAGACCGUAUUGUCGCAGCAAGACGGGUUGUCCGGCACCCGGCGUGUUGUUGCAGCGGUCGCAACGAGCUGUUGUUGCAGCGGACGUGUGUCGCAGUAGACAGAUGUGUUGUCGCAGCAGACACGUGUUGUUCGCAGCAACGUGUUGUUGCUACGCAGAUCGUGUUGUCGCAGCAGAACUUGUUGUUCGCAGCAGACGUGUUGUCCGCAGCAGACUGUUGGUUGCUGGCAGUCUUUGGCUGUGUCAGGCAGGCGUGUUGUAACUGCAGACUGGUUGUUGCAGCAGACCCGUGUUUGCAGCAGACGUGUUGUUGCGGCAGACCGUUUUUGAUACAGCAGGCGUGUUGCAGCUACGUGUUGUUAGCAGCAGACAGUCUGUUAACAGACGUGUGGUUUGCAGCAGACGUGUUUGUUGCGAGCGAAACAUGUUUGAUGCAGAGCAGACUUGUUUUGCAGCAGACUAUUCCGCAGCAUACUGUUGUCGCAGCAGGCGUGUGUUGCAGCGGACGUGUAACGGUUGCAGCGGACGUGUUUGGGCCGCAGCAACGUGUUGUCGCAGCAGACGUUGUUGCAGCAGAAACGUGUUUGUGGCUGCAACGUGUUUUCGCAGCAGGCGUGUUGUUGUUGCGUGACGUUUUGUUGCACGCAGGCGGUGUUUGUGUGGAGCAGGCUGGUUUGUGCCGCCGGCGUGUGGUUGCAGCAGGCGUGUUGGUCGCAAGCAAACUGUUGUUCGCGGCAGACGUAGUGUCGCAGCAGACGUGGGUGUUGCUGGCAGGCGUGCUGUUGCAGCAGGCCGUGUUGUUUGCUGCAGACCUGUUGUUGCUGCAGACGUGUUGUUGCAGCAGUACGGUGUGUUAUGCAGCAGACGUGUUUGUUGGUUGCUGCAGACGGUUGUUUGCGAGGCAGCGUGUUGUUUGGAUCAGGCGUGUUGUUGCAGCAGGCGUGUUGUUGCAGGCAGGAUCAGUUUUUUGUGGCAGCAAUGCCGUCAGACGGUUUUUGCAGCAGUACGUGUUGUUGCAGCAGGCUGUUGUUUCAGCCAGACGGUUGUGCAGCAAGCGUGUUGUUGGAGCAGGCGGUGUUGUGGCUGAGCAGACGUGUUGUUGCAGCAGACGUCAGGGCGUGUUGUUGCAGCAGGCGUGUUGUUGCAAGCAGACGGGUUGUGGCAGCAGGCGUGGUCUGUUGCAUUCGCAGACUUUGGUUGUGUUUGCUGCAGACGUGUUGUUGCAGCAGACGUGUUGUUGCAGCAGACACGUGGUUUGUCGAAGCAGCCGUGUUGUUGCUGCAGCCGUGUUGUCGCAGCAGCGUGUUGAUGCUGCAGACGGUGUUUUGAGCAGGGCAGGCAGUGUUUUUUGGAGAGGCGUGUUGGCACAGGCGUGUUGUCGCAGCAGGGUGUUUGUCGCAAGCAGAGCUGUUUUGUUGGCUGCAGACGGUGUGUUGUCGCAGCAGACGUGUUUGGUGCUCGCAGGCGUGCUGUUGCCAGCAGGGCUGUUGUUGCUGCGAGACGGUUGUUGCAGUUACUAG